AUGAAACACAGGAAAGUGCCGUCAAUCCUGGCCAGAGGCUUCUCAGGACAGAAAGCUGUUGUCAUGAACAUUGAUGCUGCUGCCUCUGUGCCCUACGGCCGCACUCUAGUGGCUGGAAUUGACUACUAUCCCCAGAGAGACACAGCUGCUAUGGGCAAGAAGAAAAUCACCAACAGGUCAAAGAUCAACUGUUCUGUGAAAGUCUGUAACUACAGUCACCUCAUGCCCAGCAGGUGCUCUGCGGGUAUUCUCUUGGACAAGUCAGCGGUCAACCAGGAUGACUUCAGAGACCCUGCUCUUAAACACCAAGCCCAUCGAGAGGCCAAGGCCAAGUUCAAAGAAAGGUGCAGGACCUGGAAGCACAGGUGGUUCUUCCAGGAGCCGAGGACGUAG